AGAGACCCUCAGAGCUCCAGGACGCCCAGUCUCUCUGCAGCCCAGACACAGCAGCCCCGACACGGACUCGGACCCUCGCCCGGCUCCCCCCCUCCUCCCUCCUCCUGGAGCUCCAGUGCUUGUUUGGAUUACUAAUGGGUGGGAAGAACACCGUCCAGUUUUAAAGUGGGAAAUCUGGAGGUAUUGGGAGUUUAAAACCACACGCCUGAGAGGAGAAGAGACGAGACCUUCAUCUUUCUGGACUACAAACCAAUUCAAAAUCUAGAGGACCAUCUAGCAAACAUCGGUGUUUCUUCAUCAUCUAGAAACUUUCUGAAACUUUGGUAGACGUCUAGGAAUCAGCCACCAACUUUGGUAUAUUUGAACCUUUUUGUUCCCCUGGAAUUGUCGCCUAUACUCAACAAACUCAAAGUCAUUUUACAGAAACUCGGAAUCUUUCUGAAAGGUAUCGUAGACUUUGCUAUAGUUGGUCAUUUGGUUCCUGAAUAUUGGAACUUUUUGGGAACUUUCUUUGCAUUUUAAUUGAAUAUCUGCAACCAGUUCUGCAGUUCAAUAAGAAGAAUCUUAAGAGGAAUCUUCCACAUUGAAUAUUUGGAUCAUGGCCCCUACUCUUGCUUUGUGGUUGGGCCUCUUUCUGCCGCUUCUCUUCACGGACGCAAAGACCGUUCAGCAGCCUGACAGUCAAAGCGACACCCUCAAAAAACCCUCAUCCCUCGUCAAACUGGAACCACUCUGGAUCUCCAAGCAGCUCAAGACCGGGGAAGCCCCCAACAAGAGUCUCCCCCUCCCUGAGAUGCUGGAUCUAGAUGUGGACCAACACCGACGCCUGGCCCGCGGUGCCGAGGAAGAAGAACAACAGUCCACCUUCAGCCAGUCCUUCGAGAACGACUCUGUGACGCCGCCGCAGGCCACAGAGUUCAACAACGAGACUAAAGUAGCAGAGGGAGACCACAACGAUCACGACGUCCACGGAAACACCUCCAGCUCGGACCACGACGCCCCGGGACUCUUCAACCCGUUCUACCCGCUGGUGGAGAGCUCGUACUCGGCCUACGCGGUCCUGUUCCUGGCCGGCCUGGUGCUGGCGCUGGGCGUGGUUGGAAACAUGGCGGUCAUGUGCAUCGUCUGGAACAACUACUACAUGCGGUCCGCCUGGAACUACCUGCUGGCCAGCAUGGCAUUCUGGGACUUCCUGGUCCUGGUGCUAUGCCUUCCUGUGGUGGUUCUCAACCAGCUGUCCCAUAGGAGGAUCCUCGGUGACAUCACCUGUCGCAUGGUGCCUUACAUGGAGGCCGUUUCUCUGGGCAUCACCUCCUUCACUCUGUGCGCUCUGGGCAUCGCUCGUUUCCACGCCGCCACCUCCUCGUCGCAGCCGAAGGCCCGGCUGGUGGAGCGCUGCCGCUCGGUGCUGCUGCAGCUGAUGCUGGUGUGGCUCGCCGCUCUGCUGCUGUCCAGCCCCGAGAUCUUCCUGUGGCAGCUCAGCCAGUCCGUGUCCCCCACCACCGGCCUGCUGGUCGACUCCUGCACCAUCACACCCACCUCCCCUUUGUCCCUCUACCUGCCCGACUCCCUGCACUCCCUGUUGCUCAGGUAUCACCAGGGGCGCAUGUGGUGGUGCUUUGGCUGCUACUUCUGCCUGCCCAUCCUCUUCACCAUCCUCUGCCAGAUGGCCACCCGCAACGUCAACAGCGACUCCAGCUCCGUCCAGAAGCAGCGCAACCACGACGACCGCUCCACCAAUCAGAAGCGGCAGCAGCACCAGGCGUUGGAGCGGCAGCUGAACUGCACGCUGCUGGCGUUGGCGGUGGUUUACGGCGUCUGUGCUCUGCCCAAACACGUCUGUAAUAUCACGCUGGCCUACGCAAACAUCACCAUCUCCGAGGAAACGGCCUCCAUGCUGGCCCUGUUGCAUCACUUCCUGUUGUUCUUUAAGUCUUCAGUGACGCCGGUGCUGCUGCUGUGUCUGUGCAAGGCUCUCGGUCAGGCCUUCAUGGACUGCUGCUGCUGCUGCUGUCAGGAGUGUCAGCCAAACGCGACUCAAGGCUCACCAAAUAUCAAACUGAAGGCAGCCAAUGAGACGUCCAUCUUCUUCGACAAGGCUAAAGACACCUCAGCCAUCCUGUCGAUCUCCAGCUAGAGCUACAGCGUUCAACAUCUCCUCUUCCAUAAAACAACCUAUCUUCUUUUUUAUCCUCAAACACUGUUUCUCUUCUAUCCCGAGGUUUCCUUAACGUUUCAGUUUCCUUUCUUCACCACAACGCUUGUCGACCAACGACCAUCUUUUUCUGUCCUCUUUCUUUUUCUCAGUUUUUCCAUUUGUAUGAUAUUCCUUUAUGGACACAGUGUUACCCCUCUUAGCUUCCUGUCUGUGCAGGAAGUGACGCUUAAUCCGUAGUGAUUAUUAGAAAACUUGCUGUUCUUGCACACCCACCUGUUGUAAAAUCAGGAGCCCGUUUCAGGACCCUCAGAAAAGACACUUCCCUCCAACUUCCUGGAGUAAAAAUGUAUGAUAAGAAAAUCAUGGAUGUCUUCUUUGGUUGGUCUGAAGCUGAAUGCAAUAUCUCUAUAAGGAAGAUCCACUGUAUAAAAGCUAAAUUAGCAGUUUAAAAGUGUGAUGGAAGCUUGAUAAGGAGUAAAAAGAGUCUGCUUUGAGGUUGUUUUGUGCCACACAAACAUAUUUGUGCAGAAUCAAGUGAGUAACGUCUUAGUUUUGCCUCUGACUAUGAACCUAAUUUGCUGAAAGGAGUGUACAGCAUGUUUAUUGAAAUGGUGUCAACCUGUUGGGCCAUUGAUCAUCCGUCCAUCUGUCACACUAUCAAGAAAAAGUAGGUUGACAUUAAUAAAGGAGAUAUUAAAAACCACCUCCUAGGGUCAAGGAGAUGAAAAACGGCAACAAACGCCUAACUACAGAGAUUACGAGAUUUGGGAAAUCAUUCUGAAAGAGCAGAGACGGAUUGGUAAUAAAAUAAUCUUGGAGUGUCAAGGACUUCAUUGUUUGUGAUUCAAUUACGUACUAGCAACGUGACCAGAGGGUACUCUGUGUCUUCAGGUCAUUUGCACGCUACCCAGGUGCCACCCUUCACCUAAACCAGUAUUUCCAGUGAGUCCGUUUGACAUGGACAAUCUUUCUUUGUGGGCUACUUCUGUAAGAUGUCAACCCUUGUCAGAGUUAGGAUUAAAAAUGUGCUCUAGUGUAACAACAACCAACCAAUCAGAGCUUGAUUAUGAAAGAAUAUGUCUUGUAUCUGCUUGCAAACUAUGGAUGAAAUGGACAAAGCUAAACUGUUCAUUGUAUUUCUACAACGUGUGUUUCUGGGAAGAAAGUGGAUCCUUAUGUUUCAGAAGGAAGCGAAGUGGGGGAAGGGGAGGCGUUGUGAACAAGACCAAGACCUUAUUAGUGUUGAGGCGGUCUCUUUGUACAGGAAGAUGAACUGUGUAGGAACUGUUAAAGCAUAUUAAUAUGUCUGUAUUUCACUCAGACUGUCAAACAACUAGAACAAAAAACGAAGAAGCACAACUCAUGAAUGUAGCUUGUUUUAAUGCUAGAUCUACAACUAAUUACAUCUCUGUGGGAAUGGAGAUUUUUUUAUGUCACAAGAAUGUUUAUGCCUUUGUUUCACACAAUGUUAAAUUCAUAUAAAUGAGCCGCCUGUGCCUUAGUGCCUCCUCAGCCCUCAGCUAAAUCAACCGAAAUCCACACAUCAAGUCCGACUAACUUUGUCUUCAGCGAACAUAUCUUUCACACUGAGUAGGUACUUUUGAUCUGAAAUUACAAUAUGGAGAAAGAGCUAGAGUGUCUGGAUGCUUAAGUUCCCUGUUUGAUACGAGUAGCACUUUUACAGUGGCAUGUAUUCCACCAGGGUCCCGAUCUGCAGAAUGUUUGUUUCCAGUUUUGCACAAAAGAAACAAGACGUAUACUAACAGCUCGAGUCCCACUGGUGUCGUGUUUGAGUUCCUUGUAAAUGUGAAUGCAGUUGACAUUGAGUGUUUUAAUAAAGGGACAGUCCACACAAACCAGAUUAACUUUAGUGCCUGUCUUAUGUUCUUCUUUUUAAGUGUCUCUGAAGGUUGUUGUUAUCUUGUGAACAAGGCAUAAACCAACCAUUGGGAUGUAGAGGUGGUAAUUUAUAAAUAAAGCUGUGCAAUUUAAAACUGCAGUUGU